CUAAAAUAAGAGAUAUGGCAAUAGAAAGGCAAGUGACGGAAGGAGAGGAGGCAGUAAGUCCAUUUGCACAAUUGUUUAGCUUGCCAGGUCUCGAUGUCUUCAACAUUGUAACCUUUGGAUUCAAAACCGAAGGCAAUCCAUCAACAAUUGUUGAAGGCCUAAAGAAAACCCUGAUCAACCAUCCACGCUUCUCUAGCAUACUGGUGACUGGUCAUGGUGAGCAGAAAAGAAAAGCUAAAUGGACUCCUACGAAAGUAAAAGUAGAAGAACAUGUAAUUGUUCCCGAUAUUGAUCUCAUCAAUAAGAAUCCUGAUGAAUUUCUAGAGGACUAUACAUCAAGGAUGGCUUUUUCUCCCAUGGAUAUGUCCAGACCUUUAUGGGAGUUUCAUUUAUUGAAACUUAAAACAUCACAUGCCAAAUAUGUGAUUGUUGGUAGGUUCCAUCAUUCUUUGGGCGAUGGUAUGUCUCUUAUGUCUCUUUUACUCGCUUGUACUCGGAAGACAUGUGAUCCGGAAGCAUUGCCUACUUUUGUGGCUCCGAAGAAAAGGAAAGUGAAGAACGUUUGCUUUUCUUUGUUUGCUUGGUUAUGGUUCAUAGUAAGAGUUAUGUUCCACACUUGUGUUGAAGUUAUCAAGUCCAUGGUUUUUAUUUUUGGUGUGAGGGACACCUCGGCUCAUAUAAUAGCUACGCCAGGGGCUACACUUAGCACUAAUAAGUUUAUUCAUCAAAUCAUUAGUUUGGAUGAUGUCAAAACGGUGAAGAACGCCAUGAAUAUGACUGUAAAUGAUGUUGUUCUUGGGAUGGUACAAGCUGGUCUUUCUCAAUAUUUGAAUCAAAGAUUUGGUCAUGAAACAUCUUCAAAGUCAAGAAAAAUUCGUGGUGUUGUAUUUUUCAAUCUAAGGCCAAAUAAAAACAUUGAGGAUUUGGCAAAUAUGAUGGCAAAAGGUUCAAAGUGUAGAUGGGGGAACUCAAUAGGGUAUGUUCUAAUUCCUUUGGAGACGAAAUCAUACGAUGAUGUAUUUGAAUAUGUUCGACAAUCCAAAACUAUUAUGGAUCGUAAGAAACAUUCCCUCGAACCUCUAUUUUCUAAUGGGUUGCUCAAAUUAACAUUGAAGCUUUUUGGAUUUAAGGGACUCAGAACUUUAGUAAGGAAAUUAUUUGGAACCACAACAAUGACAUUCUCUAAUGUGGUUGGUCCAUCCGAAGAAAUUAGCUUUUUUGGCCAUCAUAUAUCUUACAUAGCAGCAAACACCAUUGGUAUUCCACAGGGACUCGUUAUUUGUAUUCAAAGCUAUGUGGACAAACUUAUAAUCAACAUCGCAGUUGAUGUAGACGUGAUUCCAGACCCUCAUCACCUAUGCGAUCUCAUCAUCGAAGCUCUCCACAUGAUGAAGUCUGCUUCUCCACAAAAGAUUUUUCAUGCUUCAGAGGUUUAAACGAAAUGCUCGGCGUGCAUAUAGCAUCUAUCCAGGAAAGAGGAAACCUAUUUACAACAUUAUUCAAUAUUUGAGCGUGUCUAGUGCGUGUCACUAUUUUUAUUAGGUUGUCUAUUUACGUUAUCAUCCUUAUCAUGAGUUUAUCAUCUUUAUAAACACUAGACUAUUAGUAUUGAUUUAGAGCACUUCUACAAUAAUUCAUCCAUAAAUGGUUGUACCAACGUGUGUUGAAUUAAUGUACCAUGGACCCGCUAUUUUUAAUAUGAAAUUUUAAUACA